GAUAGAGGGGCAUGCACUAUAUAAGCACAGGUACCCUGUCAACAUUCUCAUCCACCCACACCUUGUUUCUUUUUCUUCUAUAGAGACACACGGAGAGAGUCUCAGAGCAAUAAACACCCUUCAAUGGCUACCACUAAAGUUUACAUUGUUUACUAUUCUACGUACGGACAUGUUGAGAAGUUAGCUGAAGAGAUUAAAAAGGGAGCUGGUUCCGUUGAAGGUGUGGAAGCAAAGCUAUGGCAGGUACCUGAAACACUUUCUGAAGAGGUCCUUGGGAAGAUGGGUGCACCUCCAAAGAGUGAUGUACCGAUUAUUACACCCAACGAGCUACCUGAGGCUGAUGGCUUAUUGCUUGGUUUCCCCACAAGAUUUGGACUGAUGGCUGCUCAAUUCAAAGCUUUCAUGGAUGCAACUGGAGGCCUGUGGCGCACACAGGCACUAGCUGGAAAGCCUGCAGGAAUCUUUUACAGCACUGGUUCUCAAGGAGGUGGACAAGAGACUACUCCGUUGACAUCUAUUACUCAGCUUGUUCACCAUGGGAUGAUUUUUGUGCCCAUUGGUUACACAUUUGGUGCUGGGAUGUUUGAGAUGGAGAAUGUGAAGGGUGGAUCCCCUUAUGGUGCAGGUACCUAUGCCGGGGAUGGUUCCAGACAACCAACUGAGUUAGAAUUGGCUCAAGCUUUUCAUCAAGGGAAGUACUUUGCUGGCAUUGCUAAGAAGCUUAAGGGAUCAUCUCAGUGAGAUCUCUAUACAUCUACCAUUUCAUGUUUCUAUAUACUUAAGCAAAAGAGUUAUGUGCGUCAUAUGUCCAGUUUCCAGUUCAUAAUUUCCAACAGAAUAAGAUGUUAAUUAGAGAGAGAGAAUGAGAGAGAGAGAGAAAGUAAUCAACACUUGGGUUCAAUACUAUUGUGUUGUCAUUUGUCAUAAUGAUGUAUCCUCAAAAUACAAUGUUAUUGUCAAUAACAAGAAUUUGUCAAUUGUUACUAUUUUCAUUGAGAUCAAA